GAUAAGAAGAUAUGGGAAUUAGGUUAACUCUUUGUUUAGCUCUAUUUAAGUCCAGAUAUCAUAUAGAUCACUUAUUAUAUGGUAUUCAGUCUUCGCAAAGUAACACAACUAUAAUAGCAGAUAUGAGGGCAUUUGCGAUUUGUAUAGCUUUGGUUCUUGCCGUUGCCGGAAAUGUGUCCAGCGAAAAUUGUGAUAAUGUGUAUUGUCACUUUGGAAUCGGAUUUGUUAUGAACCGUAUGCCGACAAUUGCCGUUUGUGCAAGUAAUGGUGUGACGUAUGACUACUGUGACUUCAAGAAAGCUGUAUGUUUGGACCAUACAUUAAAAAUGGCAUCUAUCGGAGCAUGCCCAACGCCCUAAACUCCUUAGAUGUGAUACUGUGAUGAUGUUAUAAUAAAGUUCAAUAACUUA